AUUUCAAUUUCCCCCACAAACUCUCCACUAUAUCUAUCCCUUCCGCCUUUCUCUCUCUUCCUCCUAGACUCCCUCCACGUCCCUCUCUUUUUCUCUCUCGCUUCCAAACCCUAAACUCUAUUCCCCUAAACCACCAAGCGGUUUCGCCAUGAAGGGAGCUAAAUCAAAGGCUGAAGCGAAGGACACCAGGCUUUCCGUGAAGAAAGGCGCGGUGAAGAAAUCAACAAAGAAGGAUAAGGACCCCAACAUGCCCAAGAGGCCUCCCAGUGCUUUCUUCGUUUUCAUGGAGGAGUUCAGGGAACAGUACAAGGAAAAACACCCUGGAAACAAGUCUGUUGCUCUCGUUGCUAAAGCUGGUGGAGCCAAAUGGAAAUCAUUGACUGAAGCUGACAAGGCUCCCUAUGUAGCCAAGGCAGACAAGCGUAAGACGGAUUAUGAGAAGAACAUGGAAGCCUACAAUAAGAAACUGGCUCAAGGUACAAAUGCAGCUGAAGAUGAUGGGUCUGAAGUUGAUGAGGAGGAUGGCAGUGGAGAGGAGGAAGAGGAUGACUAAAUGUGGGCAUGGAUGGUAGCAUAGUCAUGUGGGCUGUUGGGUGUUCUUGUUUUGUUUUUGUCUGUCAAUGGAUUUGUAGUACAGGGUUAAGCUUUCCAGUAAAAAUGAUGUUGCCCACGUUCUCAAAUUUGUUUUUCCAUCUAAAUAGUUGACAGAACUCAUCUAACCUCCAUGUGUAUCCUAUCUUUUGAGCAAGUAAUGAUUUCAUAUGGUGCAGUUUUUAGUA